AUUCCCUCAGCAGUGCGUCGCGUACCACCUCAGCGCGAGGGUGUAGAAUUUUUCCGCCGGGACCUGUUCGAAUGUUCCGGUGUUUAGCUUACAAUCCUGUUAUUAUUGUUUGAUAUUGUUUUUGACAAAGUAUCCAAAAGUUAAGUUCCAAAAAUUGAACGAAUGUCGUAGCGAGUAUAAAUUUCCCUUUUAAAAUAGCCCGCGUGGCCUGUGUUUAUUAAAACGGUCGUUGAACCGUUCUGUGCUGGGUUUUAUUGUAUUCUAACACAAAUUACAGCUAAUUGUUGUAAUAAAAAUAAUACACACACAUAAUACUAAAUUUAAUUAAUAUUUAUAUAUUUAUAUUUAUAUAACAAUGAGUGGUUUCAAAUAUUUGUGCGUGCUAUUGGCGCUUUCUUGGAUUGGAGUUACUUCUGCCCGGCUUAAUUGUGACGCUGUCAGAACGAUAUUUGAAUCACAUGGGUUUCCAUUUUCUGACAUUCCUAAGGAUCCUAUUUCAUCGCGAGAAUUAAGAUCAUGCGGUGGGAUAAGUAGCGGCGGAGAGGUUUGCUGUACAGCAGAUAUGGAGCAGAGGCUGCAAGCAAAAGCUCGGGACAGACAUGAAAAAGCUACGAAAGCAACCCUCCAGCGGCUGCAACAACUUCUCGCCACUAGAGGCGCAAGAUUUCAUGGUUUCUUUAAAGAGUUAUUGGCGUCCUCCAAGAAGGGCUUUCAUGAAAUGUUCAAAAAAACUUAUGGAAUUUUGUACGAGCAAAACGCUUAUGUUUUCACUGAUUUGUUUAAUGAAUUGGAAAAUUAUUACGUCAAGGGAACGGUGAACCUAGACGAAGCAAUGGACAAUUUUUUCAAUACCCUGUACCAAAAAAUGUUCACGGUGCUCAACAGUCAGUACAACUUCGACGCAAAGUACCUAAAAUGCGUGGGCAAUCACAUGAAAGACAUGCGUCCAUUCGGUGACGUCCCGCAGAAAUUGGGCGUCCAAAUAAAGAGGUCAUUUAUAGCUACAAGGGCCUUCAGCCAGGCUCUGACAGUCGCCGCGGAUGUGCUCAAAAACAUGCAGACGCUCAAGGUUUCGCCCGAGUGCGCAGCAGCAUUGACCAGGAUGACAGCAUGCCCGUCUUGCAGCGGCAUACCCGGUAAUGUACUUGCCUGCGGUGACAUGUGCGCUAAUGUCAUGAAGGGUUGCCUUACACAACACGCUGCACUCGAUGCUGAAUGGAAUCAUUUUGUCGAGGCGGUUGGAAAAGUAGGCGAGAGAUUGCUGGGGCCGUUCAAUAUCGAGAUGCUGGUGCGACCGAUAAAUCUCAAGAUAUCAGAGGCUAUAAUGAACUUCCAGGAGAACAGCCACGACGUGUCCCAGCGGGUGUUCAGCGGGUGCGGGCGUCCUGUACUUGGAAGACGGAGGAGACGUCGAAGAAGUCCGUCCGCAUUGGCAGCUGCCCGUGACGUCGAUUUUGACUCGGGAAACUUUGACCAGGAAUCUGGAGAAGACGGCCGCUCGACGACCGCGGCGAUGCUCGACAAACUCGUCAAGGAAAUUCGCCAGAGGGUCAGAGAUUCCAGGCAGUUUUGGAUUUACUUGCCGUACCAACUUUGCAAUGAUGGGUUGGUGGUUCCCGCGAGCAACACCAAGGAAUGUUGGAACGGCACACAUGUUGACAAAUAUUUAUACCCGGUAUCGUCUGACGGCGAGACGCAGACUCUAAACCCAGAGGUUCGCGGGGCUGGUCCCAGAGCCGCGAUUGUUAGAGACCAAAUAUUUGCUCUCACAACAAUCACCAGUCGGCUCAGAUCCGCAUUUAAUGGCCAAGAUGUUGAUUGGAUAGACCCUGAAGACAUUCCUGAAGGAUCAGGCAGCGGUUCCGGAAACGGUCGCGACGAUGACGUAAUAACCGACGACGAAGAUGGCUGGGGCGAAGGAUCCGGCGAAGACCCUAAACCUUCAGAGCCAGAAGUCCCGAAAGUAGCUUCACCAGUGCCUCCGGUGAUACCACCGCAGGUGGAUAUCGCGCCGAAGAGUCCCGUGGACAACGGCGUCGACAAGAGCCCCGAGUCCAGUGGGGGCAGUCUGGACAAGAACGAGGGUAGUCAAAAUUCGACGACGAGCGUGGGCAGCGGUAGUGGAUCCGCGAGUCGCCCGCGAAUGUCUCUAACUCGCGCCCUAACGUCCUAUCUCUUCCCUAUUGCCGUGAUGUGGUUCGGUGGCUGUCUUACCGAGUGGCUGUGAUCUUUCAUUUCUUACGAUCAAGUGGAAAUUGUAAAUAAUAAAUCAUAAAUAUUAAACUAUUAACUAAUCCCUAACUAACUAAUUAAUUAGUUAAUUAAUAAUGUUAAUCGAGCGGAUAAACUUAUUUAUCAAGAUUUUUUAAAAGUGACCAAUGUGCCAUUUUUUAUUUUUAUUUUUAUCUCAAGUCUGUGCCAGAUUUCUCAAAUGGCCGUCGGUGUUUUUAUUUUAUUCUAUUUUAUAUAUUUUUCUUUUAUUUAAUUAUUUAUUAGUGAAAUAAUAAAUAAUAAAUAAAUAAGUGACUUCGAGUUUGAACUUCAGGACGUAAAAAUAAUAAUUAAAAGUUUUAAUUAAAUAUUAAGACUCUUAUUGUAUACGAGAGUGUUAUAACAGGACUGAAAAUUUAAUUUAUUCGAUUAACUAUUAAUUUUGUGUAUUAAUUAUUAAUAUUAAUAUUAUUAUUUUAUUUUAUUUUUUAAUUACUCGGUCAACAAAGUUGAUGGGUAUAAAUAAUAAUUGUUAAUUAACACUUCUCUACUCUCUUUUGUAAAGUGUAAAUAAAAAUAGCUAAGCAACUGAAAAAAAAAAAAAAAAAAAAAACUAUU